GGUAUCCGUGCUACCAACAAGUGCCAAUGCCUGCCGUGUAUGCGAUUGAGAAGUUAUAAACGGCAAACCAUUCAACUGAACAGGAAAUAUUUCCUCUCUGUGUGUAUAUUUACGAGCAGAAAGUUUCAGUUACAGUGUAUCUCAAAUGAAACUAACGAAACGUACGGACCUGUAAAAGCUCGGACAGAAGAAAUCGAUUGGUAACGUCAAAAUAUUUCAGCCAUCACUGUGCCGCUUGCAUUACCAAUUCCAGCAAUGGAUGCCCAUGACAAAUGCAUGACCACUUCCGAAGGUGACGCCGGUUUCGCCAGCUCCAGCACCUCAUCGGUAUUGAACAUGGACACCUCAGGCAGACAAAAAUACUACAGAGAUGCUCAUUGCAGGGUGUUCGUGAACCGCAGUUUGAACUUGGAGAAAAUCAAGUACUAUGGAUUUGACAUGGAUUACACUUUGGCGGAGUACGCGUCGCCAGAAUACGAGCAGCUGGGCUUUGAGCUGCUGCAGAGCAGACUCAUCGCCAUCGGCUACCCAGAGGAGAUCAAAGAGUUCCAGUACGAUCCUGCUUUUGCCAUCAGAGGCCUCUGGUUUGAUCGCCUGUACGGCAAUCUUCUGAAGGUCGACGGUUUUGGCAACAUUCUCAUCUGUGUUCAUGGGUUCAGCUUCCUGAAGCCAUCGGAAAUUUACGAUUUAUAUCCCAACAAAUUCAUCCAGCUCGACGAGUCAAGAAUCUACGUGAUGAACACCCUGUUCAAUUUGCCUGAGAUUUACAUGAUCGCGUGUCUCGUUGACUUCUUCAGCAACAGCGCUCAGUACGUCAAGAGUCGGGAGGGCGUCAAGUGCGGCGAGCUGUACAUGAGUUACAAGAGCAUCUUCCAGGACAUCAGGGCAGCUAUGGACUGGGUUCAUAUGAAGGGCAGCUUGAAGACCCGCACGGUGCAGUCGAUGUCGCGCUACGUGCAGCGCGACGACCGCCUGCCGCUGCUGCUGGACCGCAUGAAGCAGUCGGGCGCCUUCAUCUUCCUGCUUACCAACUCCGAGUACUGGUACACCAAGGAGGUCAUGACGUACCUCCUCAACUUCCCCGACGCGAACGGAGAAGUGCGUGACUGGAAGUCAUACUUCCACACAAUCGUCGUUGACGCCAACAAACCGAAUUUCUUCUCCGACGGCACAAUCAUGCGUCAGGUCGACACGGAAACCGGGGCUCUUAGGCUCGGUACCCACACUGGCAAAUUCCAGCCCGGGCAGGUCUAUUCCGGAGGCUCUUGCGACGUCUUCACCAACCUAGUCGGUGCCAAAGGCAAAGACGUGCUCUACGUUGGCGACCACAUCUUCGGCGAUAUUCUGAAAUCUAAGAAAAUCAGAGGAUGGAGGACAUUCUUAAUCGUACCGGAGUUGGUCCGAGAGCUGCAAGUUUGGACGGAUAAGAACCACUUUUUUUCGAAACUGCAAAAUUUAGACGUCAUGUUGGGUGACUUAUACAAAAACCUGGACUCCAGCACCAACGAGAGGCCUGACCUGAGCAAGCUUAGGUCAGCCAUGCGGGAGGUGACACACGAGAUGGACCUGAGCUACGGGAUGAUGGGUUCGCUCUUCAGGUCGGGCAGUCGACAAACGCAUUUCUCUAAUCAAGUAUCACGAUAUGCAGAUGUCUACGCCUCUACCGUCCUCAACCUCCUCUACUACCCGUUCAGCUACAUGUUCCGAGCGCCCGCUAUGCUCAUGCCGCAUGAAUCUACCGUCACUCAUGAACAAGUUUUCAAAGUCACCGACGCUCCGUUGUCUACUAUGAGUCGCGCCUACAGCGUGCAGAAAGAAACUCCUCCCCUCAAUAAAAUAAAAGUCUUGAGUCGCGCCAACUCGAUGGUACCCCACGCCCGCGCCGAGGCUCCUCGCCACGUCACUCAUCAUCACGACGACGACGCAGACUCUGAGGACGAGAGCGACGAGAAGAGCUCAUAAACCGCAAUAUGUUUCUAAGCCAGCAAGAACUAUGCCAGGAAUAGCUCUGAAGCCAUUUAAAGAUCUGUAGGCAGGAACAGCUCUUGAGCCAGCAAGAGCUCCUAAGCCAGACGGUUUGAAUUGGAUUGUGUUAAGUCGUUCGUUAUGAACUGUCCAUUAACUGUAGUGGUUGUCGAGUUAACUGCGAUCUUGGUCGAAUGUACAUCGUAAUGUUCUUCUGUCCCGAUAUCGAAAGCAGCUACUCCUGUUGCAGCAUUUGCUUUUCAUUUGCGCUUUGAAAAUUGUCAAAGUGGGAUUCACAAGGAUUUUGGUAAGAUUAGAGUAUCGAGUAUUUCAUAUUUUUCGCUACACUCAUUUUUUAUUCGAAUGCAAGAAUAUUAUAUGAGAAUAAAAGAAGCGAUGCCAUAAAAUUCAUAUUCCUUCACUAUUCUGUUCUGAAAGUUGUCAUGAUUUAUUUCUAUGUUGCUUCUAAGUUGUUGGAUUUUUGUUUUGUAGAUGUGGCUGGCAUUACUGCAAGUCUCUCUACUGCCUGACUUGCAGAGUUCACGGAAAAAUUAUGAAUCGAACUCGCCAGGUUUUUGGGACGUGUGUUGUUAGACGCAAUAUUUAUUUGAUAUUGGAAUGGCUUUGUUUUAUUAAAUUGUAUCAGCUGAGUAGACGUCAAAUAUAGAAUGAUUGUCAUUCCUGGCUAUGCACUAAUGCCUGGUGCAGGCGCUAUUAUUUUGUACUGAACUACAUCUGACUUCGAGGAAGAAACGAAUGUUCUUUUUUACUCGAUAUUACCGACCUUUCAACCAUCAAUUAAUACAGCUUGCACGCAGGCACGACUAAUCAUCGAAGUGCCCAUCCGUAGAUUCGGUUGCAUGGAUACGUACUGAGAAUAAAAGCAUCGUUUGCUGUUCUGUAUUGUGAAUGAUAGCAUCGUUUGCUGUUCUGUAUUGGGAAUGAUAGCAUCGCUUGUUCUGUAUUGAGAAUGAUAGCAUCGUUUGCUGUUCUGUAUUGUGAAUGAUAGCAUCGUUUGCUGUUCUGUAUUGGGAAUGAUAGCAUCGUUUGCUGUUCUGUAUUGAGAAUGAUAGCAUCGUUUGCUAUUCUGUAUUGGGAACGAUAGCAUCGUUUGCUGUUCUGUAUUGGGAAUGAUAGCAUCGUAUGCUGUUCUGUAUUGGGAAUGAUAGCAUCGUAUGCUAUUCUCUAUUGGGAAUGAUAUCAUCGUUUGCUAUUCUGUAUUGGGAAUGAUAGCAUCGUUUGCUGUUCUGUAUUGGGAAUGAUAGCAUCGUAUGCGAUUCUGUUUCAAUAUGCGCAUGAAAUUGGUACUUUUACACUUUUUUUUUAUCGCAACGAGUCUUCGUGCUUUAGAUUUUAUUUUCUUGGUGAAGUUUUAUAGGGCAAAGCAAUGGGGUAACUUGGUUCUUCCGCAACAAACGUCAACCUUUCGAUAUUUGACAUUCUUCUUAAAGUCUGUAGAGUGCUGUAGACUGCAUGAACUUCGAGAAGCGGUAUUUCGUCGAUUAGACUACUAACUUUCUGAGAACAUUUGAUGUUUGAUAGUUUUAGUGUAGACUUCAACGUUUAUCGUGAAGCAGAUUACCGUCGCGUGCUGACCAGUUAAUCUGGCCUCUCUGCCAUGACGUAUUCCAGUUUAGUGUUAUUAUGAUACUAGAUGACUCAGCUCCGCGACUCUCUAGAAACUUCUCGUUUAUGAUAUUUCUAAUAUUUUGAAUAAAUCGUGAUUCUAUUAUGAACUAAUUAUUGUUACGGCUGAUUUCAUGUAAGCUAUUGUUGAUGUGUUUGAUGCUAAUGAAGGCAAUGUUUCCUCUGAUUACUUCUCUAUUACAUUUCAACGAUAAAUAUCCAACAUACUUAUAUAUUUGCUCAACUUCAACAAAAUAGCCCGACAUGAGACAUUGUCGAUUGAAUCCUCUACGAUGAUUCUGGUCCUAACUCUACCAGUGACGUUAUCUUGUCGGAGCUUGAAUAAGAUGAGUCAUGCAUGAAGCUUUCUAUUUUAGCUUUGUUUUUAAUUUCUAGCGUGGGGCAAUAAAUUAUUUUCUGACUUUUUGAACGUUUAACCUGUCAGGUUUAUUCCUGUACUGUCAUAGAAUUACUUUCAGCAAUAUAUUUUCGAAAUCAACGAUAUAGCUGAAUUGUUGAGGGAACAAGCACUAGAACAGUAAAUCCAAUAUUUUGUGCUUCAUGGGUCUUUUGAACAUCAACUCUAACUUGAAAAUUCAUUCAUUGUCUUCAUUUAAUUAA